UCAGGCAUAUUCUGGAAAAUUGGAUAAAUUAGUGCAUCAAAAACUAGAGAAAUAAACAAAAUCUUAUCUUUAUUCAUAAUAAUCCAAUCUUAGAAAUUAGAUCAUAAAUAUAAUUUGGAAUUAGGAAAAGAAAACAAGAAAAAUAAAGCUUAAACUAUUGAAACAAUGGAGUCAUAGGAGAGAAACCAAUUAUCUACUUCAAGAAAUUAUUACACAACAAAUCAACAACAGAUCUCUGAGAUUCUUGAAUUAAGUGAGCAUCUAUCACACCCACCACCCACCAAAAACCAAACCCACACUCACUCAUUAAUUUACUCUUUUCUUUCUUUUCUCUCUCCCCACGCCUUUUUCGUUGGCCCACUAUCUAGCAGAUCUAGCUUAUCCUUGUCUUGAUUUCAAGAAUACCCAGUUCACCUUUUACUCUUAUUUUGCUAUUCCUUUGAUCACUAAAGAAGCAGUAAAGAAAUUAACAGAUGAGUGGUGAAGGCAAAGUUUUCACUUUGGCUCAGGUGUCUGAGCACAACAAUCCAAAAGAUUGUUGGCUGAUCAUUAAUGGCAAGGUUUAUGAUGUGACAAAGUUUUUGGAGGACCAUCCUGGUGGGGAUGAGGUUUUGUUAUCUGCUACAGGUAAGGAUGCAACUGAUGAUUUUGAGGAUGUUGGGCACAGCACGAGUGCUAGAGAAAUGAUGGAUCAAUACUACGUUGGAGAGAUCGAUCCCUCGACCAUUCCUAAGAAGGCGACAUAUAAGCCUCCGAAGCAGCCUCACUACAAUCAGGAUAAGACAGCUGAGUUCAUCAUCAAGCUCCUGCAAUUCCUGGUUCCUCUUGCUAUAUUGGGUUUGGCUUUUGGAAUCCGCAUCUAUACAAAAUCAACUUAAAAGAAUAUAGGCCGGCCUUUGUGAGAGAGACAUUUCUGGACUAGUGGAGCCUUUGGCUUCUGUCUGAGUUUAAUGUAGCAAUUAAUGGUUGUUUGGUUGGUGUCGUUUUUAUGUCCUUUGCAUAGCAUCCAUGUUGGGGAUCAGAAUGUAGACAGGUGAUGGUGGUAGUGACUGUGGAGCCUUGUACCCCAGUUAUUAUUAUGCUAUUUUCAACUCUCAGUUACAGACGAUGGUAGAUAAAGAAUACACUAGUCAGUCGUCUUUCAUUUUUUGCUUA